AUGCUCAGCAUGUCCAGCAAUUUUUUUCAGGCAAAUAAGAAAAAGGGACAAGCAGGGCAGCAGCAGGGCCAAUCAGCCAGGCCGUCGCUGGAAGAUGCGGAAGACUUCAGGCCGGCAUUACGCAGCUCUCUGGCUAGUUAUCUCAGUGGCAAUGAAUGCCAAUAUCGAGAUGGAGUUGAUACUCAAUUGAUUGAUACUCGGUCAAUUGACAGCAAAUGGCUGGCCUUCUUUGCUUGUCUUUUCUUCUUCCUCUUCUUCCUUUGCCAGCACAGCCAGACAGACUCCACAGACAGACAGCAGAGAAGCAGACUGAUAGCUGGACAGCAGAGAGACAGCAGAGAGACAGCAGAAGAGAAAGAUAGACAGUCAAUUUGCUGCAGUUGUUCUUGCUGGCUGUUGGCGCGCCCUGACUCCGCGAUACGCCAGAAAACUCUGCAGACAGACUCCAGACAGAGACAGAGACUCCAGACAGCAGACAGCAGACAGCAAAUACAGAACAGGAGACAACAGGCAGGAUACAGAAUAGGAUACAGGAUACAGAGAGGAAGAGGAAGAGGAUAUUAUUGGAGAGAGAAGACGGCGUUGGUCGACUUGGACGCUGGAUUACGAGCCGGGAUGUCCAUCACCUCGCCCUCCGCCUCUGCAAAGAAGGCCAUCCACAAGAUUGACAUCGCCCAGGUAGGCCUCGUUUCUUCUUCUUCUUCUUCUUCUUAUUCUCUUCUUCUUCAGUGGCUAACAGUUGUACAGGUCUCGCUGAAUCUCCAGGACCGGCUGGGACUCGCCAAAGUCCGCUACGAGCGUCUUCACGGCCUCCGCAGAGACAGCGACUCAGACACCGACAGCCGCCCCCAGAGCCAGCAGCAGCAGCAGCAGCAGCAGCAACAGCAACAACACCUCUACGGCCAGCACAAUGGCUUCCCCAGCGAGACAGGCUCCGACUGCUCCUCGUCGGACUCGGCAGACGCCCGCUACUCGACGCCCUUCACCUCCUCGCCCGUCCGCUCCCCGAUGCUGAGCAGGGAGCUGCCCCGGUCCGCCCGCAGCAGACAUGCCGCCACCUUCGACAUCAAGACGAUGCAGUGCAUGACCUCGGGCGGCAGCUCGCGCAAGAGACGGCGCUGUGAUCCGGCCAUUGCACUCGCAGCAGCAGAGAGAGGAGACUCGGGACGCCGCCGUCAGACCGUCCCCAAGAUGCCCCGGCUCUCCUUCAACGGCGGCAGCAGUGCCUCCGCUGCACCGCACUCCUCCCCCUUGCUCAGACGGCAGCACCAGCGACGGACCUACCAGGCCAUGCCCUCCUUCGUCUCCGAGACAGACACCAUCCCGGAUCCCGACAUCGACAGCACCGACAUCGAUCCCCAGCUAUCAUCCCGGCGUCAUCAUCUUCAUCAUCAUCUUCACGAAGAAGACGAAGACCACCACCAACAACAACAACAGCCAUGCACGCCGCCUCCUCGACGCAGCCGCUUCACCCACGCAGACGACGACGCUGCAGCUUCAGGCUCCGGCGCAGACCUGCUCCUCUACCUCGCCAACUCGCCCACUCCAGCAACCAUCAACGGCAAGCCUGCCACUACAACGACAGCAACGACAACAACUACUAUUACUACAACCACUGCUAGCGGCAACGACUUCCUCCCCUCGACGCCGCCAACCCAGCACGCCGCUCCCUACCAGCUGCUCUCCACGCCCACGCCCUCCCAGCCCUUCAACUUUGCAGACUUUGUCAACGUCACUCCCAGCCCGGCCCAGCGAGGAUGGUCUGCCUCCAACGGCACCUCUCGCACCCCGCUCACCACCGCCACCGCCGCUGCCGCUACUACUACUACUAAUACUACUAAUACUACUGCCUCUGCGUCCGGGGGAGCUGUCUCGCGCACUCCUCGCACCCCUCGCACCACCAAGGACGUCCGCAAGAGACUCAACUUUGACGCCCUCGCGCCCCCCAGCCCCGUCAGAGGCUCGACCAAGCGUCACAACACUUCUACUCAUGCUGGCCCUGCUUCGUCUGCUGCGGCCGGUCUAGCACUACAGCUCGGCGAGGAGUUGCCCAUAUAA